UCUCCCGGUUGCAGCGACACCGCAGCAAGUCUCCGUCCGCUUUCUCCUCCUCCGCCGUCACCCCAUCCCCACGGCGGUCAGCGGCCGUUUUCCCGGUGGCGAUCGCCGGCAAAACCACACCGGACUCCGAGGCGAUCGCCCCCCCCCCCUCCAUUCCCGGCGUCGCCGGAGUAACCCGCUUCCUCCUCCUCCUCCCCUUGAUCUCUCCUGUGCAGGAGUGUGAGACCGCGAUUUUCUCAGAUCCACCCAGUCCGGAGCCGCCCCCACUGCGGCUGCGAUCGAGUCAGACGCCUGCGGGCCCUUGAUCCUUGCCGGCCCCCGCCGCCGGACGCGCCUCCUCGACGGCGGCGGCGACGACGACUUCCCCCCCUAGGUGAUUGUAUUGGGGGGGUGGAGGCGCCGAGGAUGAGCGGGAGGAAGAACGCCGGCAAGGCCUCGCCGUGCCUGCUCCUCCUGAUCUCGGUGGGCUGCUUCUUCGCGACCUACAACUUCCUGACGAUGGUGGGCCACGGCCGGAGCUGGGACGGGCCGCGGAAGAUGCUCGGCGGCGGCGGCGGCGACUCUGCCGCCUCGUUCGCCUCCGGCUCGGACCCGUCGAAGAGGUUCCACGUCGCGCUCACGGCGACGGACGCGCUGUACAGCCAGUGGCAGUCGCGGGUAAUGUACUACUGGUACAGGGAGAUGAGAGACCGGCCCGGCUCGGACAUGGGCGGCUUCACGCGGAUCCUGCACUCCGGCAAGCCGGACGGUUUGAUGGAUGAGAUACCCACCUUAGUGGUUGACCCCCUCCCUGAAGGCGCAGAUCGAGGCUACAUUGUCCUAAAUAGGCCUUGGGCAUUUGUUCAAUGGCUGAAGACAGCUGACAUCAAGGAAGACUAUGUACUUAUGGCUGAGCCAGAUCACAUUUUCGUGAGGCCAUUGCCAAACUUAGCUCAUGGCGAUGAACCUGCUGCAUUUCCAUUCUUCUACAUCAAACCGACUGAAAACGAAAAAAUACUGAGGAAGUUCUUUCCUGAAGAAAAAGGACCAAUCUCAAAAAUUGAUCCUAUUGGUAACUCCCCAGUGAUUAUCAAGAAGGCACAGCUUGAGAAGAUUGCUCCAACUUGGAUGAAUGUUUCGUUGAAAAUGAAAGAGGAUGAGGCGACAGACAAGGCUUUUGGAUGGGUCUUGGAAAUGUAUGCAUAUGCUGUCGCUAGUGCAUUGCAUGGUGUGCACCACAGCCUUCGUAAGGAUUUUAUGAUUCAGCCUCCUUGGGACCUGAAAAUGGACAGCACAUUCAUCAUCCAUUACACUUAUGGGUGUGAUUAUACAUUAAAGGGUGAGCUAACUUAUGGGAAAAUAGGUGAAUGGCGUUUUGACAAAAGAUCUUAUCUUCGUUCACCGCCGCCAAGAAAUCUUUCAUUGCCUCCUCCAGGAGUUCCUGAAAGUGUGGCCACCCUUGUGAAGAUGGUCAAUGAAGCCACUGCAAACAUUCCAGGGUGGGACGAAGAAAGGUGAUUAAUGGUUUUGCCUGAGUGGUACAGUUCAGCUGAUAGUGUUUACGUCGGAAGCCAUCGAAAGAUCUUAGUGGCCAAUAAAGCAAAAGAAUCAAUGCAUAUUCUUCUUAGGUAGCAGACACAGUUGGCUAAUUCCUACGAAUUGACCUAGAAUUAGUUUUUGGCAAGUGAAAACAGAGCUAUUUGAUAUGAGGUGGUCCAUUUUUGUAAAGCCGAAACGUGAGCUUUGGGUAAUACUAGUAGAUCAUUCAAUUGUAUUGCAAAGAAGAAAUAUAAGGCAAGUUUGUUGCAUGGGAAUGAUACUCGAUAAAUGAAGCUUGGGAGUCUUCGCACUUGUGCCA